GCCCGUGGCACAGACGCUGCCAUUUGUUGCUCCGGACCAGCUGCUCGCAAGUUGUUGCAGAGGUCUGCGGUCAAGGUAACAAGAUCACCUGCUUCCCAAGCCACUGCAGCCACCAUGCCCAGAGGAAAGAAGAGUAAGGCCCGUGCUCGAGAGAAACGUCGCCAGAUCCAAGAUGAGACCCACAGGCUGAAUGAUGCUCAGGCAAAGGCAGCAGAGAAAGGAGAGUCAUCUGCUUGCUCUGGUCAAGGUUCAGGAGAUGGGAAGCCAAGCAAUUCUCCUGCUGACUUCCCGCAGGGUAAGGCACCCACUGUCACUGCUAAUAAAGGCAUGGACUUUAGGUCAGGCCAAGAAGAGAAAAAUGGGCAAUCAUUUAGGGCCCCACAAUCCACUGAAAGCUUACAGAUGGACCUUUUAUCAAGGAAGGCAGGACUGCUAGUGGAGUACAUGCUCUCCAAGUACAAAACUAAACAGCCUGCCAAGAGGGGAGAAAUGCUGAAAGUCAUCAACAAAAGGUUCAAGGAGCACUUCCCUGACAUCCUCAAGAAAGCCUCGUAUCGAUUGGAUAUGGUGUUUGGCCUUGAGAUGAAGGAAGUCCAGCCCAAUGGUCAAUCCUACAUGCUUAUCAGCAAGCUAGAUUUCGAGGAUGAUGGAAGUAGGAGCAAUGAGCUGGGUCUUCCCAACAGGGGCAUUCUGAUCCCUCUCCUAAGUGUGAUCUACUUAAAUGGCUACUGUGCCCCAGAGAAGGAGGUCUGGCACUUCCUGAGUAUGCUAGGAAUCCAUGAUGGAGUCCCACAUCUCAUCUUCGGGAAUAUCAGAAAGCUCAUCACUGAAGAUCUAGUGCAGGAAAAGUACCUGGAAUACCGUCAGGUUCCUGACAGUGAUCCUCCAUCCUAUGAGUUCCUAUGGGGGCCAAGAGCCUGUGCUGAAACCAGCAAGAUGAAGGUGAUGGAGUUUUUAGCUAAGGUUAAUGAUACCAUGCCCAGUGCUUACAUGUCUCGUUAUGAGCAGGCUUUGAUUGAAGAGGAAGAGAAAGCCCAAGCCCAAGCUGCAGCCAAGCCUGGCACUAAGGGCAAGGGACAUACUAAGACCAAGUUGAGCCAUCCUAAUCCCAAGUGAGGUGUAAGGUAGCUUCUGCUAUAUGAUUGAAAAAGUCUGUUAAUCUUUUUGCAAAUAAGUUGUUGAUAAAGUUUUGGGGGUCUUUUAGCAAAAUAUUAACUUGGGAUUAGAAUUUGUAUAGAUAAAUUUUGUAGACUGUGCCUUCACUGCAGUUUGUCAAGUUGAAUGUUGACAUUUUGAAGUAAGAAUUUUGUAUAUAACUUUAGUGGUGCUACAUCAAUAUUCAUGGCAUUUAUGGAGGAAGAAUCCUGGAGAUAGGAAAAUAUGUGAAAAUGGCCAAGAGUGAAAGUUGUUGUUUACUCAGUUACUUUUUCCAAACUUAUAGAUGUACACUUGUUUUUGAUAUUAAAGAAUGCAUGAGAAA